CACAAUCAUCUGAGAGCGAAGUGGAAAAAGAAGAAUAACGUCUGUAAAAUGUAAAACGUUAUUAGGGAUUUUGUAACCUCUUGUCAUCGAAAUGAGAAAAAUAAAAUUAUUUGUAAAUUUCUGUUGCUAUUUAUUCCACAAGUAUUAACCACAGUAUUUCAACUAUGGGAUCAAUAGCUUUGGAGGAGUAUGAGCUUAUGAAAGACUCUAAAUACCGUCUCUACGUGCAGGCUGUGGACAAAGCUCUGAAAAGUUUCGAAUACACCAGUGAAUGGGCUGACCUGAUAUCAGCUCUAGGAAAAUUAAAUAAGGUUCUAGUGAGCUACACGAAGUUCCCUGUGAUACCGCGACGGAUCAAGAUCAGCAAGCGGCUGGCGCAAUGUAUGCACCCGGCUCUGCCGUCUGGUGUACAUCUCAGGGCACUCGAGACAUACGACAUCAUAUUCAAGUGCAUGGGAACCAAUCGGCUUAGCCAUGAACUGUUCAUCUAUAGCGCAGGGCUGUUCCCUUUGCUGGGCCACGCGGCCAUAAACGUGCGCCCGUCGCUGCUGACCGUCUACGAGACACACUUUGUGCCUCUCGGCAAGCGACUGGGGCCUGGCCUCAGUGGCUUCCUCAGCGGGGUGCUGCCUGGCCUCGAGGAGGGAUCCGAUCACUUUGAGAGGACGAACGCGCUGCUUGAGAAAGUGUGCGAAGGCGUGGGAGCGUCGCACUUCUACGGCUGCCUGUGGGACUGCCUGGCCUCGAAUGCAGCCGUCCGUCUGCCCGCCAUCUUGUUUGCGUUGGCACACUAUGACAAGCGCCUCUCCACCGAGGACCAGCUGCAUGUCAUGGGCACCAAUGUCGAUGUUAUGGUAAAUGGAUUGUGCGCAUGCGUACAAGAUACGAGCGUAUUGGUGCAGCGAAGCGCUCUCGACUUCCUAUUGGUCGGAUUCCCGAUGCACAACAGCCAAUUGCUACGAUGCGAUAUGGUGCGACUUGUCACUGCUGCACUAUCUACAAUCCUACGCCGAGACAUGUCUCUCAACAGGCGUUUGUACGCUUGGCUGCUUGGCUCUGAGAUAAAUAUUGCUCUUUUAAGCCCCGAACAUCCACUAGUAAAACGCAGUAAAACGGCUGACUCGAUUACAAGCAACAUCAGCACCAGCCAGUACUUCGAGCUCUACUCAAGGGAAAUGCUUGUCUUGGCAAUUAAAACAUUACUGGACCAAGCGACAGGACAGACGCCCCAUGACCUUCGACCUUACCGACUGCUCGUGUCUCUACUCGACAAACCCGAUAUUGGGCCUGUCAUUCUAGACGACUUUCUCUUCGAGGUUUUCAGACUACUUUACCUGUGCUGCAACAGCAGCGCGCCUGCGCCAGAAUCACACAUCAGUGCUGCCAACAGCAGCAGCAGCAGUCACAAGUCGAACAGUGCCGAGCUGGUGAAGUCGGCCAACCUGCUGUUCGGCUCCCUGGAGCCGCGCUACCUGUGGCAGUACGUGGGCACCCUGGUGGCGGCUGCUUGCUGCACGCGUGGAGGCGGCGCCUCGUGUUCCACCUCCACCUCCGCCUCCACAUCCACGUCAAGCUGGAGCGCAGCCGGCGAAGGGUAUGUGCGGCGUGUGGGCAGCGGCGAUCCCAGCCUAGUUGAGGUGUGUGCCCUGGCCGAAUUCCUGUUGGAUACGGUGUCACUGGAGACGUACUCGGAAACGCCGACCGAACAUCUGCCCAGUCUGUUCCUGCAGAUAGUGACCCUGCUGACCGAGCACUGCGACACGCUCAGUCCUCUGCAGACCGCCAAGGGCCUGCAGCUCUGCGCUAAAAUACUCACCAGGGUGCAACCGACUGUGUUGGCCCACCAAUCGCUAAGCCAGACAGCAGACACGGGCUAUGGCAGUGGAGGCGAACCAAGUCUCACAUCUGCCACAGCCACCGAGAUAUCAUCGUCGCUCGCCCCUAGCUCAAUUGUUUCCGCUAGGGGGCAUCUUACCCCCUCCACCACACCUUCUAACAGCCUACCUGGUAGAAUGGACCGAUCGCCGAGUUCGCUGCCAGCCAAUGUGAGCAUGGCCGCCGAUAACGCGAGCACCAACUCCGACUCGAUGGUGUCGUACGCCGGCGAGGAUGGCGCCGCCGAAAGCAAAGAUGGUGGCGAUGGGGGUGUGAUGACGUCAUCAACGAGGGUGAGGGCCGGCGAGGGGAGUGGCGGAGGAGGUGUGGAUGAGCAGCAGAACAUUUUGGAGCAGUGUCUGCGCCAGUACGAAAAGUUCUAUGUCAUGUUUGUGUACGGUACUAGGUUGAAGGUGGGUGAAACGAAAAGCAUAUCGGUGCUGUUGGAAUCGCUAAAAAUCAAGUCGACCCAGGCCAGCCACGAGGAUAGGGCCAAACAGCUGGAAACGCUGCUGCGUGCCGUGCUAAUGGAAGACAAGGAACAGGAUGUGGGCGAUGAAGAGGCGGAUGACUUCUACAACAGUCUCAACUCGAGAGUAGGAGGCGGAGCUUCAUCAUUGUCGGCUACCACAGCAGCCAAUCAGCGGCCGGGGGGCGUGGCUAGUGGUGGAGGGGGUACCGACGGUGCCGGUGAUGGGGGUGAUGGAGGGGGCAGUGAGACGGCGGCCAUUUUGGUGCGACGCGCACAGGGUGAGGCGGGGGUUGAGUGGACCGAGGCGAUGCGAGUGGCGUCGAGGCUGCUCGUCGAUCUGUCCACGCUGCAGACCUACUUCCAGUCGGCGGCUAGCUCCAGGCUGCUCGAUGGGGGCGAGGUGGUUGACUCGAGCGUUGGCAGCAGCCUAGUGGACAGUAGCGUAGAUGUGCUGCCGGAGUGGCUUAGAGUGUUGAUAGUGUGCGCGUGCUGGUUAAGCAGUGCGGUGUCGCUACAGCUGAUCGCCAUUUCCACUCUACUCGAUCUGGUCACUCUAUGCCGGACGGCGCAGUCAUUGGUGGGCGCCGCGCAUGCGCAGACCAGUGUCACACCCGUGCUCAUUGUGCCGCUACUCACGCCUGCGCAUCUCAGAUACAUUGAGCAUCAUACUAAUGUGUUUCAGGUGAUAGCGCACCGACUGUGGAUGCAGCUGGGCAGCCGGGUGCACCGCGUGGGCUGCGUGGAGCUGCUGCAUCAGCUGCAGUCGGCCAGCUGCGACGUGGUCGAGGACUGCCUGGGCGAGGCUCUACUCGCAGCUGCAGACGGCCGUCGGCUUCUGGCCUUCAGGCGCUUCGCCACCCUCUGGCACAUCGGCCGCGAGGUCAACGCCCGCCUCGGCAGCUCGCUCAGGGUCUCCGAUAUAUUCUACAAAUCGAUGCUGAAGAUGCUAGACAACCUGCAGCUACCCGAGAGCAGCGCACUGAAGGUGGAGGCACAGAGCUGGCUGCUGCACUCGCUGUUGCGCGGCGACAUGCACCGCAUCGUCGACCCCAUCCUGAUGAUGCUGCUCGACCCAGCGACGGCGCGGCUCAGUGUGCUGCAUGUGCACAUCGAGAGUGCCCCGGCCGAUUCUCCGUCCGAGCCGUUCGCCGUCCCGACCAGUGACGCGACAAGCACUGUUUACGCCAUCAGCUCGGUUGAUGGCAACGUUAUCUACCAUGUUGCCGAAAAGUGUCCAAAAGUAAACUUUAGUCAGAAAGCGACCACACCAUCAGCUACCUCUAAAAGCAAACGCAUCUUUGCUGUGACGACACUGGCUGGGGGAGGGCAGGACUCCACCAAGCUCAACCACCGUUACAUCACUGAGAAACAACUGCUGGCCGGCGAAGACACCACUGACAACAACUACCAAACCCACUCCAAGACCCUGUCUCUACUGCAGAACAUCUCCGUCUUCGUUAAUCCGUUCUCCACCGACAAAACAACGCACGUAAUAAACACGGAUUUCGACGAUUACUAUGAAGAACAGAAGGAAAACGUCGGCGAUUUCGCGGGAAAAGCUGUGCGGGUGACUGAUUUGGACAAAAAUAAGAGUAAAUCUGUGGAGGGAUCUGAAAGACUAUUGGAUAAAGGGGGAGGGUUGGAUAAGAAGAAGAAGAGUUUCGCGCCGAGGAAUAAUUCGUUCACGUCGCUCGAUCAGGAGUUGGCGAAGAGUUCGUUGAAUCUAAUCAAUCCGACGCUAAAGCUGUCGUCAAUCGACUUGGAUUUGUUGAAUUUGUCGUCGUUGACCGACUCGCUGUUCACUAAGAUUAGCGAUGGCGAAGUGACGUCACAGGCUAGUAAUAAGGACCGCGCGUCACGAGGUUCCGUGUCGAGCGACGGCCCCAGUCCCGUGGAAGGUGGCGGCGGCGGAGGGAGCGGCGAAGGGCCGGAGUCCUCGCAGCUGGUUCGCAGCUGGUCGUUUCCCGAGAAGGAUCGCAAGAGCAAGAAGCAGCAACAGCAGGAAUCGGCCGGUGUUGCCAGCUCGUCCGCGCCGGUAACAGCGGCAACGCUGGACGAGUCGACUCCGGCCGAAGAGUACAACUUUGGUCCAGUGGCUGCGGCGGCUGGUGACAGUUUGUCGACGUCGGUUGAUGACGGCGUCGUCGCUACCGCCACAGAUGUCAACGGUGACAAAGUGGAAUUCGCUAUUGGCGAGAGUGAAGGAACACCGAAACAACAGCACACAUCGUCGCUAUCUGAAUCAAGUGUCAGGUCCAAUUCGACUAAAUCUUCAUCAUCGACAUCGUCUCGAAGCAAGGACACCACCAUCAAGACACCCGGCCACGCACGCACGCCCAGGAUCACUCAAGGUGGCACUCAGGUGAGUGCUAGCGUGAAUGGUGCCAAGCUGUCGCAGCCGCAGCCGCAGCAGUCACAACAGAAGUCGUCCAGUGUGGACCAGCUGCACUCGCAUCUGCUGCUCUACUGCGGCGUCUAUGACUCACUGCGCACACUCUAUGCGCUGCAGACCCUGCGCAACAUACUCACCACCAAUGCGCGCGCAUUCCUCUGCGCUGCCGCCACCACUGGUCUGCCGGCGAGAUCUCCGUUGCUGAAGCUGUUAGCUCGCCACCGUAAGUCGAUAUUCGGGCGUGGCUUUGGGGGCGACCUGGACGGGAGCGGUAGCGGAGGAGGUGGCAGUGGGGGCGGUGGAGCCGGUGGCGGAGGCGGCAGGAGCAGCAUGUACCUGGAGGUGUUGAUCUGCACGUGUCUCUACUACAUGCGUAGUUAUUAUCCCAACUUGGCCGCCCAGACCAAACUCACGCAUGAGGAGAUUUCUGGCAACAGGCAGAUCACUGGCAGAUCUCCGUUGCUGAAGCUGUUAGCUCGCCACCGUAAGUCGAUAUUCGGGCGUGGCUUUGGGGGCGACCUGGACGGGAGCGGUAGCGGAGGAGGUGGCAGUGGGGGCGGUGGAGCCGGUGGCGGAGGCGGCAGGAGCAGCAUGUACCUGGAGGUGUUGAUCUGCACGUGUCUCUACUACAUGCGUAGUUAUUAUCCCAACUUGGCCGCCCAGACCAAACUCACGCAUGAGGAGAUUUCUGGCAACAGGCAGGUGCAAAUCUGCAGCGUGGAGCUGUUGUCACUGAUCAGCUGCGAGUUGUCGGGCAUUGUGCGAGACAGCGGACACGGACUGGCCUGCUAUCUCAACGAUCUGCUCUCAAGGGUCAAACUGCAAAAGGUGGCGCUCCACUGUGUGCUGUCGAUAGUGCAACAGCAACAGCAGCGGAGCAAGAGGGGUGGGGGUGGUAGUGGGGGGAGUGGAAGUGGGAGUGGUCGCUCGUUCACGCAGGAGAUCCUGGCCUUCAACGAGGAUGCCGUCGCGGGAGACGACUGUGAUGACCUAGCUGAGGGAGCAGUCAGCCGCCAUUCCGAGGCCUUCCAGGUCCAACUCUUGAGAUUCCUACUAGCGCUGCUAAUGCUAGAACACGAGGUGAACUCUCGUCGCGGCAGCAGUGGUGGGGGAAGCGAGGGGGGCGCCGAGCAGCAAACUGCCUCGUCAGCAACAUCAGCAGGCGAGCAGCAGCAGCAUCAGCAGCAGCGGAGGGGGAGCGAGGCGGGGGAGGUGCACUAUGUAGCCGGCAAGGUCAUACCGCAGCAGCCCAUGUUUCUCGCCGCCAUUGUCAAAGCGCUAGAGCAGCAAGGCAGGGCCUGCUACUCGCAUACGCAUUGGACUGCUCUGGUGACGUGCGCUCUACCGUACCUGGGCCCCGCCCUGACCCGGGUGGUGACAACAGUGGUGCGACUGAUAUGCGCCAACAUAGAGGCCGUGUCCAAGGCCUACUACCAGCCGGACAGCAGUGUCACUAACAAAACCGGCAACGGGUUUCCAGCUGACUAUGCCAUUACUCAGGUGGAGGCGUUGACGGUGCUGUGUCACUACUGCCUGCUGGACUCGGCCACGCCCUUCAAUCAACCCUUGUUGGCCGUCAGUGGGACCACCCCCGCCCAGAUAUUCAACAACCUCAUACACGUCUUCAUGCCCUCGCCCAUGGCUGUGCACGACCAAGUGAAAGAAAGGCAUGAGCCUCAGCAGGCGGCGCGCAAAGCCGUGCUAGGAAGUCUUCCAAGAGUAAUUUCCAGUGUGGCCUGUAUAUGGCAGGCACUUGUAUCCAAUAAGGAGAGAGAGAGCGAUAACGUGGAAGCGGGCAGCCCACGCGUGGUGCGGCAACAGCUGUUGGAGUUCCUGAGUCCCAUCGCCCUGCAUCACGGCACCAGCUUCCUCGCCGCCAUGGCUGUCGUGUGGAGGGAGCGGCGUCCCUCCCCUCUCCCCUCCUCCACCACCAAUUCCACCGCCACAUCUUCGGCAUUACCAGUGGCGAGUGAAGGCCAGCAGGUGUUGGUGCAGUUGUUGAGUGCCAUCAAAGCGAUGCCCAUUGACACCCUCGUCAAGACAUUGCACGAAGUUGUCAGGCAACCGGCUCUCAAUCAGGAAACAGCAGUGAGCGUGGAGGUGAGUUCGCUGGAACUGUUCGUUCACUACGUGCAACUGAUCCCUGGCGUGUCGCUGUCGGAGAGUUGGCCCUCCCUGCUGGCCCUGCUCAGGGAAGGACCCUCGCUCUCCCCUCCCGCCCAGUUCCUCCUCCUCUCGGCCCUUAGUCAGUUUGUGCACCGCUGUCCGCCACUCCAGGACAAAAAGGACCAGAAGGACUUGCAGGAUAUCACCGCACGGUUGGUGGAGUCCUGUUCGCAAAUAGCGGGCGCAUGCCUAGAGCAGACCACCUGGCUGAGACGCAACCUCGCCGUUAAAGAGGACGACUUUGUGCCCCAACAAGAUAAGGAUGUCGACAAAUAUGAAGAACUGGACGCAGAUACGUUGACCGACUACGACCGAGAAUGGCCGAGUCUGUCCGAAGAAAAGCUCUCGUCACCGGAAAAAUCAUCGGGAAAAUCGUCCUCCUCUCGAAACAAGUCGAAACUGAAACGUGUGACGAAGAAAAUCCGACAGGACGCGGAAAAACUGCAGAUCAAAGCAUUGCACCAGUGGUUUAUGCGAGCCUUUGUUCAUGAAAAUUCAAAUUUUGCGCUCGAUUCGUCGGCUGAGUCGUUGCGAAAUGGGAGCGGGAGUUGUUCGGCGGCGCAAUACAGUGUUGCCGCGCAGACUGUGUUGGCUCAACUGUUGGCACCACUGCUCGAUGUCAGCUACGGCAGUCAGGAGAAGGAACGGGUGGUCAACCUGCUCACCACCAUCAUGUACAACGUCACGCCCUAUCUCAAGAACCACUCGCAACGCAACGCGGCCAGCUUCUUUGCGUGUUCUCAGCUGUUGGCAAGCCUGUCGUCGUUCCAGUACACGCGCAAGGCGUGGAAGAAGGACGCCAUGGAUCUGCUCCUGGACUCGGCUCUCUUCCAGAUGGAGGCGCGCUCGCUCACCCACUGGCGGCAAACUGUCGACAACCUCAUGUCCCAGGACACAAACACCUUCCGCGAUCUCCUCGGUCGUGUAUCAUUUGGUCAGGGCAACUCUUUGAGUAUAUUCAGCAGUAAAGAGCAGGAGUACGAACAGAGAGCACAGCUGCUGAAGCGGUUGGCAUUCGUGAUACUAUGCAGUGAACGAGACCAGUUUCACAAGCACACGCCCGAUAUUCUAGAACGGUUAGCGGAAAGUCUCCGUUUACCCCAGGCAGUACCAGGCGUGCAGGCUCAGGUGUUUUUGUGCUUCCGAGUGCUCCUUCUGCGCAUGUCCCCACACCACGUGACCUCCCUCUGGCCAAUCAUCGUCUCCGAAAUGGUGCAGGUGAUGCUGCACAUGGAGCUCGAACUCUCCACUGAUACUGACGAGUUCAGACGCAAUAACAGGUAUCGGUGGGCGUUUGUGGAGAGUCAAAUAGUGACGGCUCAUCGCGAGCAGACCAAAGUCGACUUCAUCCCUCACGUGACCAGAAUCGCCAGAAUAAUGGACAGCAAGUUUGGCCCAAUCAAGGAGAUGCCUGAGGGGGCACUGCUGCCGUCAGGCACCAACAUACAGGCCAUCAGGGAGCUGCAUCCCUUCUUCACGGCCAUGAGCAACGGCUACAACACUGCGCUUUCACUAACCGACAUCGAAGCCGACAUAGAACUCGAUUUCCUAGAAACUAUGCCGGCGCGAUAGGAACAUUUAUUGCCGAAUUCGCUGAUAAUUGUUUAGUUUGAGUCGUCGAAAAGCGGCUGUAUGUUUUGCCGAAAAGACUGACUUGUUGGUUAUUACUUAUCAAAAGAGGUGUGUCAUCUGAGUGGUUUGAUGCAAUGAUCAAUAAUGAGAAUCACUUUAAAAUAACAGCGUUGGUUGAAUGGGAAGCAUUGAUGUAAUAUGUAAGAAAUGCUGACAAGAUUUGAAGUGAACCUGACUUGAGUCCAGCUUCCCGAAGAGUUUCUGCUCUCUUGGCAGAAUAAAAAUCCAUUGGCUUUUAUUGAGGAGUUCACACUUUGGGAGAAUGAAAAUGAGUGAACACUCCUAUAGGAACCAAUGCUAUUCUUUUGUGUCAGCUGAACAGAAAUUCAUUGCUUGAGAACGCUAUUAGGACACCCCACCGUUAGUUAUGUAUUGCACUAUCAAAGGUUUUAUGAGAAGAUUUGACAAAUAUUUCGUGAUAACAUUACUUACAAUACUCGUAGAAGACCAAUGAGUUUGUUCAGAUUCACUUGUUUGAUCAGAUAUAUUAUGAAUUUCAAAUCAAUUUUUCCUUCUUGGUUUUAUUUAUAAAAUACUUUUAACAGUACCUCAAAAUCAAAAGGCUGAAAAAACAUCGAGGAUAGAAAUGAUAGAACUGUUUCUCUAUUUAUUCAAUUCAAAAGGUUUUCACAAUCAUAUUAUUGAUUUCUUAUCAUAUUUUUCAAAACUUCUAUCUAAGAUACUAUUUAUUACACAAUUUUUUGCACCGUAAAUUACAUUACUUUUCAAACUACAACUUUCAUGGUGUUGAAAGUUGAUAGUGUUGGUGUUUAAUUAUUACUUUUAUGCAAUAGAAUUACUAUUCUAAUGCUAUCAAGUUAAUGAGCAGUGUUCUGUGAUUAUGAUUUUAAUAAUAUAUAAUCCCAAAUUAAAUCACCAAAAAUUUUUGAAGGAUAACUUACCUUACACUGAUAUUAUUUGUCAAAACUCUGAUAUAGAAUUUCUUUGGUUGUGGAAUAUUGGCCGAAAUAAAAAAUAAUGUUAUAGUGAAAAGUCUACGCUUCAGCUUUAUUACAAUAAUAUUAUAAAUACUCGGAUGGUGAAAACAAGCAAACUGUAUUAGUAUGUUUUGCCUAAAAAUCAGUUGAUUAAUUUUUGAAUUGUGCCUUCAAAUAUAACGUACAUAGCGUACACACAUGUAUAUAGUAUUGUAAAAUUUAAAUGAUAUUUGUAUUAUAAUUUGUUUCAAUUAUUGAUUUUAACUAUACAAGUCCGGUUACCUUUUGUCUAAUAUGAUCAAUGAAGAGGUGGUUUGUGAACAGGACUUGAGAAAUAAUAUACAUAUACCCUGUGGUUCGGAGCCCACCUUUGAUAGUAGAUCAGUAUGAUGUAGAUUACAACCUACAUAAUAUUUGAACUAUUUGACAAAAAUUAAGAAAUUUUGGACAAUAUUCUAUUUUUCUGAAUAUUGCAUUUGUUUGCUUCAUCCAAUACAUAAAUGUUUUUGCUAAAUGGCGAAAUGUUAGGGUCUCCCUACCAAUAUAAUUCUUAGAAAUAAAAAAUGUCAUGAUUAGAAGUUAAAAUAUAUUUCAUAAAUUUACAUUACAGAUUGAAUGAAACUUUUCUUGUGAAUUUCAAUUUUUUUAUCGAUUACCGGUGGUUCGGACCACAGCCAGACUGUAGGACUAUGAAUAUCAUUAGAUCCUUGUACUAUGCUCUACUUGUGGCUUUUUAUAAUUUUAUUAUCAUUUUCAGUGACUUGAAAAUUAUGUUUUUCUAUUUAGUUGUAGAGUGGCUUAAAUUUGACCGUAUUGUUCCAUUCAACUCAAUUCUUUAUUCCUCAUUGAUAGUGUAUUUAUUAGGCUAUACAUUAACACAAUAUGAUCUUUUCCUAAAAAAUGUUCCAUUGAAUUCGAGAAAUAUUCCUGCAUCAUGAAAUUUUGUUACAAGGUUAGCUUUUUCAAAAACACAUUAAUAAAAUAUUUACCCAUUUUUAUCUCUUGCCAUUUGACUUACAUUUCAAUACAUUUUAUGAACUUAAACUUCUGAAAUGUUAUUUUUUGUUUCAUAACAUUUACUGUUGUUUAUAACAUUUUUCUCGAUUUUUCAUUGCUUGUGAUAUUAUUUAUUUUAUUGCGCUUUUUGAUUAUUAUCCAUAUAAAAUUAUGUUGAUAUUCAAUUAAUUAUUUUAAGUAUUGAAUUUGUUAAGUUUGUAAGAUAAUAUUAUGCUUUAUUAUUAUUAAAAUAUUCAAAUCUAUUUCAUUAAAAGAUUUGGUCGGAUUAUAAAUUAUCAUGGAAUCAUUAGUCAAUAUCAGUUAAUUGAAUUUAUAAAUAUUAUUGCAUUUUUCCAUUUUUUCCUCUCCUCUGAAUUUAUAAUAUUUAUUGUUCAUUUUGUUAAAUAUCAGAUUUAAAACAUCAGUCCUACUAGUAAGAUCUAAUACAGCACUAGCAUAAUAUCGAACUUAUCCUUCUCGGUGAUGUACGUUGAAAAUCAUAAUUACUUUUGAAAGAGUUGACUAUUGUACAAUAUGAUUCUUCUACAAAAUACUGUUUCAAUUGAUAUAAUUAAAAUGCAAAUAAUAUAUUAAUAUAUCUCCCACCAAUAAUCAUAUUUUAUUAACUCUUAGAUAUAUUAUUACAGCAAAACUGCUCAAUUGAAGAUUAAUUAGUUGAAAAUGAUAAUCUCGAUUAUAUAUUGAUCAGAAAUAAGCAUUAGAAAAAUGUAUGAGACCUUUAUCUUUUGAUUGUAUUUAUCUGUAUAUAAUGAAUUUCCAUGGAAGAGGGACCUAUUAAUAGGAAGUUGCGAAAGGUCUUCAAGAUUGUUGAAUUGUAUCAAAAUAUUCACCAGAUGAUUCAAAUGAGAAAGAUUUCACAUCAACCUUUCACAUAUUUUUAUAGAACAAAGAUCUCAAGAAAUUUCCAUCAUGGCUUUAUUUCAAUGCGCACAUUUGUAGGAUUCUUGUAUUAUUUUAAUGAUGCAUAAGGCCUAUACAUGUUAACAUAACAUUAAUUAUUGUAGUAAGCUCUCAACCCAGCAAACCAAACAAUUCUCGCAACUUCCGUUUCUAUUCAGAUAUUUUCUCAAUAUUGUAAACUGAUUUUAGGAUUAUAAAAAAAGAACCAGAAUUUCUCAAUAAAGGCCUACCUGUUAUUUUUAUUUUCAUAAUAGGUCUUAAAUUUUGUGUUAAAUUGAACUCAAGACUAAAAUCAAUUAUUGAAAUAUAUUUUCAAUGCUACUGAGAAGACACAAGUUUUUAGAAAUAAUUUUUUGUUCUCUUUAUUACUUGAAUAAUUACGUUGUUUUAUUGGGAACAAUAUAAAAUGUCGCUUUCUUCCAGUAAUUAUAAGAUAAUAAUAUAAUAAAACGUUAAUAUUUUGAAUCGUUGUAUUUUUCCAUUAUUUUUAAAUUUCUCAAGACUUAGUAAAAUUGAUUUGUUAUAUAACUUCCUUCAUAAAAUUUCUAUCAGUUUUCAUUAAGCUAAUCAAAAUUUAUCAGUUCUCAAUGAAUAAAACUGUUUGAAAAACUUGAGUUUAUAUUUUGAUUUUUUCAUGUAUAUAAAUGUGUGAUUAAGCAAAACAAACAUUGAGAAUUUAAAAAAAUUUCGGUGCAUUCUAGAGUUACCUUCUUGCUGAUAUCUAAUAUUAUGUAAUAUAUAAUAUAAUGUAUAUUAUAUAUUAUGCCUAUCUUACUGUAUAUUCCUCUUUCUAUCGUCAUAAAUUGGUGUAAGAACAGAUUAGCGAAUUUUUAGAGAAAUUGACCCAGAAUAUUUUAAUGGUCACAGAAGAGUUGCACUAUAAUGACUUUCUUGGAAGAGAAUCUUAUUUUUAUCAUUAGAAUCGUUUACAAAAAUGUCAUAACCUUGGUAAACUAAUUUAGCAUGAGUGUUGGUAGUGAUUUGUGAAAUUGUCGAAAAUUAUAAAAAAAUUUAAUGUUAUUCUAAAGUUUUAGAUUGAUUUUUAAUUUAUUAGUGUAGGUGAGUCUACAAGUAAGGUAAUUGCUGAGAGUAAACUAAUCGUUAUAAUGUUUUUUCCAUAUUUUUUGGAAAUUUACAUUUCAAGUACUUAAUGCCCCUUUACUCCUCUAAUCUAUGAUGUAAUAUUGGUUUUAUGAUAAUUUAUUCUCAUAAAUCGGGUUCAAUUAGAUUCAUCACAAUGGAUGUGCGAGCCUUUAAACUUUUUGAAAUGACUUCCAGAUUUUGUUGAUUAUUCAAAACUUCUCCAAUUAAUGUUCAGAAAUCCCCUCAUCAUUUUUAUCCCACAACCCUAUCUUCGUUCAUAGAUCACUGCUUUCCUGGGUUCGAAUCUUGGCUGUGCAUCGCAUACUCACUUAUUUUCAACCUUGGACGUGUUAGAAACUGAUGUGCUAACUCUUUUCAACGAAAAUUGAAUCAAUUCUUCCCUUACACAAUUAUUUCUCUCCAUCUCUCCAAUAAAAUGGAGUUUGUUGUUUUAUUUUACUGCUGAGGGUUUCUGUUUAUAAUAAUUGAAUUAGAGUUGAACUGGGUGACAAUUUCCUCGUUUAGUCUUCAAUAAACUAUUUCUCAGAAUUUAUUGUGCAUUCCGAAAUUUAGUGAUUCAUCAACUUUCUGUGAUUACAUCAUAACUCAUAAAUUUUCUCUACUCGAAACGUGUCAACUAACUCUUUAUCAACUAUUAAGUUUAGGUAAUUUUCAGAUACUAGUGUAUUAUAUUUUUAAAAACAAUUAUCAAACAUAGAGGUAAACAUAUUUCUGUGUAAUUUUGUGAUAUAGACUGUAGUUGUUUUUGUUCUGGGGAGUGGAGAGGGGUUUAUAAAAGUUUUACAAGCGAAUAUUAUUAUAUAAUUUUAUCAUCGUUGGUCGAUCUUAAUUGUAUAAUUUUAUCAACGUAGUGCAAUGUACAGAUUAAAGUUUAUGCUUUAAAUUAUAAUAGAUUAAUUAUUAUGUAAUUCAAAUUAUUGUAAAAUAUAAAUAAAUAUGAACUAUUGAUUA